AUGCCUCCACCUCAGCACCCACCGAAUUAUUAUGCACCAAGACGGUCGAUUUCAACAAUAACCGGACCGAAUCGUCGUGAUGUUGAUGCAUUUUAUCAACACAAUUUUCCGCAUAAGAUGAACGGAAACGGCGGCCAUGGAGAACCGGAGUACCAACCCCAGCAACUUCAGCAGAGACCGUCGAUAAUGUCAGGACAAUCUCAUCAGUCACAGCAGUUGCCGACGAAAAACUUCUCCUACGAGCCACUCCGAUUCUCACCGCCAAACGUCACACCACCGCCACCACAGUUCUCAUCGGACGGAAACGGUAACAGUAACCGUAAAAACAAUCAACGUGUCCGUUUCGACGAGCUUCCCAACUACCCGACCCCCAACAAUUUUUCGGUACCGCCCAGAAAAUGCUCGCUGGCACCGAACUUUUUCUCAUCCCAAAACUCGCAUCAUAUGUAUCCAGAUCAAUAUACACCUCGUACGUGGCAACACAACGAAUUCAUGCCAAACCAUCAUAUCCAUCCAUAUCAUGCUAAUCACCAACACCCACCACAUCAAGAUUGGAGAAAUCAGCAACCAGUUGCCAAUGGGAAUCACAAUCCAAUGCAUAUGAGAAAACAUUCGACAGGACAUCGGGUGGAAAUCAAGUUGGAGCACGCCGAUAACCCAUUCGGCAAUCCAUCUCACGACAUGAUGGAUGUGACAAGUGGCCAACCACAGCAGCAGCCACAAUCGUCUGUGAAGUCGGAAAUGUUGUCGCCAAUUAAGAUGGAAGCAGCAUCCGACAGACAACUAUCCCCGUCAUUCCUUCUCUCCGCUACAUCAUUGCUGAAACAAGUACAACAGCAACAUAAGAAGUCACAUCACAAUGUUCCAUCUCGGAAAGCAUCGAUUAUGGCAUUGAAGAGUCAACUCCGCACGCCACGUGGAAACCCGCUCAUCCCGUCAUCCACCUCCGGAACAGAAUUGUUGCCCUACACCCCGCCGCCAAUUUUGGCGCCUAUGCGCAACGGCUCCGGUCUGUUUUGUCAGAUCGCGAAGUCCGCCUUGACGUUGUCUCCAGUAACAGAGCCAGAAACCGAGAACACCCCUAGCUGCAGUACAAACGGCACUGAUGGUGACAUGAAGAUCCUUCUCAACGGAAAAAAGAAGAGCGAAGACGGCGAUGGACCAUCAAGGAAAAAUGGGUUCUUCUACAUGGCCCAACAAAUGAACCAGCCGAAUUUUGCCAAUGAGCUCGAGGCGUUACGGAAGGAAUCAUGGGCGUCCACGUCGUCUGCUGAUGAAAAGAUGCAGGCGGAGAGGAAAGAGUCGAUGGAAGCGAUCAGAAAAGCAUCUUGCAUGUCUGAUGGCUACUAUGAGAUUGAGGAAGGACCCAAGAUUAGUGACCCCAAUCCCCACAUCAACCUCGGCAGAAACUAUCAAGCACGUGUCAAAAAGUGGUGCGAACGAGAGGUGCCAAAAACUGAGCUUGAAGCAAUCGAUGACCGCGACGAGAUUGUUUUCUCAUCGGACAUUUUGCAAGAUAUCGAUCAGGAACAAAUCAACGCAUUCGAAUUGCUCGCAUGCAGUCAAGCUUGUCCGAGAGCCGGAAGAAACAAGGAGCUGGCACUGCACCUCCUUAUGGAAAACAAGGGAAAUAUCGAGGCGGCAGUGGAGGAUUUGUUGAGAAGUGACACACUGGAUUGGGAGCAUUACUCUAGUGUUUUCGGGUAUAUGUACAAUGACACCGUCCUUUGGACUCCAGAUGAGAUUUAUCAGUUCCAAGAUGCAAUUUACAAAUCGGAGAAGGAUUUCGAUAAGGUUGCUGUAGAGCUCGCCGGGAAAUCUGUCAAAGAAUGCGUCCAAUUCUAUUACUCGUGGAAGAAAGACUGCCCGGAUGACUACCGAAAACUGAGAAAUCUGAGGAGGAAACGACAAUUGUUGGAUAUCAACUUGCAGAAAAAUAAACUGGAAGAACCGACGGCGCCAGUUAAGAAGCUGUCAUUGGUCGAGUCAGGAGAGUCGGAUAACGAGUCGAAUGCAACAGAUGCGUCGUUUAAUGGAAACGGACAUUUCGAGUUCAGGGAUAGGGCGUUCACGUCACCCAUGAUGUCCUCCCCACGAGAAGAUCCCCUCAUUGGUCUCUCCCCAUCAUCUAAGGAUCUCUUCGGAAUCCAGAAGAACUACCAACCAUCCCUCCCACGAGCUCAUCACACCCCAUCUGCAUCUGCUAGCAAGAAAGGUGCCCAGCCAAGUGCCGAUGGAUUCUUCCAUUGCCGACUUUGUGAUAAAUGCUUCGAAAAGGUCAAGUCACUCAACGCCCAUAUGAAGUCCCACGCGAUGAAAGCGCGUGCUGAGCAAGAAGCGAAAGCUCACGAUGCUCAGAUCGCGGCGGCCGCUGCUCAGUUGUCGACCGCUGUUGGAAACGCGGUUAGCAACAGUGUCACAACAUCUCCACUGAAUCCAUUCGCAAACGGACAUCUCGGAAUUUCAAUACCAUCAACUAUUGGGAGCCUGACGCCUCAACAGUUGACACCACAACAGUUGAAUAUUAAUCAACAGUUGCAAACACAGUUGAACUCGUUGACAAGUUUAAGCUCACAACUUAACUCACCAUUGACGCCUCAACAACAGCUUCAGCAGUUUACGCAGCAACAGCAACUUGUGGCAAGAGCCAUGCAACAUAACCUCUUCCAGCCAGUGACCUCAACACCACUCGUACAAUCGACGCAUCCUCUGAUCCAAGCGGGUCUUCAUUCCAUUAACUAA